UUAGUUACAGAUUAACAGAAACUAUCUGAAGGUCCAGCAGGAACACCUGACACACUCAGAGACUAAGCUAAUUGUUUUCCAGACUCCGAGAUGGGAAGCGUGUUCGAGCUGACGUCCUGUUUGCUGCUGUUGGUUGGAGCCGUGACGGCUCAGACAGCUCCGUCCACCCACUUUGAGCGGGCGCUGCCCCAGUGGCUGACUGGGAUCGUCGCUGUCUGCGGAUUCCUCGUCCUCACCUUCAUGGCCUUCCUGGUGAAAAAGGUCUGGUGUGAGAAUCCCAAAGCACCAGUCAGGAGAAACACAGACCAGAACCCCUACAGCACGAGCCUGGAAAGCAUCAGGAGAGGCAGCGGGCAAUCGGAGAACAAUAAAUAUGAGGACCCCGAAGCCUUCAACAGGCCGAGGGCCAGCGUUGACUCUGGGAAAGACAACAUCUAUCAGAGGAGCCUGGACGAUCUCAGUCCCAGGGAAGGCAGCAACAUCUACGACGACCCUGACGAUAAAUCUACGUCCAUGUGAACGUCCAGCAGAGAUCCUGGCGGCUCGGAGCUCCAGCUUUCUUUAAAUAAAUCAGUGUUGAAUCUUCCUGUUGUAUUACGUGAUCGUGUAAUAUCCCGGCUCUGAUGUAGAGACCAGAACCUGGUAACGCAGGGAGCUCCUUAGUUUUAUAGUUUCCCUUGUGUUUCCUCUCAGACUCCUCCUUUCCUGAUUAAUCAGUUAUCUUUAUAACCAGCUGCUGCCUCAGCUCUCCUUGCUGAUCACUGGACCCACGACCCGCUGUAAAUGAUUGACCUCAAGAGUCCACAGGAAACAGCCUCAGGAGGGAAAGCAUCUGAAGAACUGGAGCUGAAUGUGAUUUAUGAGGAAGUUAAAUGAUGGAACAUUAAGAACACUUCAGAACUUCUGCUCAUCUUCCUGUGACCCGGGUUCCUGGUUCAGAACAGCAUGCUCAUGAGCUGUAGAGCUUAAAAACAGAAACAAACAGCAAUAUAUGCAUAUUUGUUAGAAUGCUUAAUGAUGCUUUUAAUUUAUAACAGAAAUGAAUUUCUAAGAUCCACAUUGAGAAUGUAGAGAACCCUGAUUACAGAAUCCAAUAUGUCUGCCACUCUUUGUUAAGGAAGUUCAAACUUGUCUACACUGAAACUUAUCAACGUUGUUGUCAAUGUGUUGCUGGUGACUGAUCUUCUGUCAGAGGAGGUUCCACACUCAGAUUCAGGUGUUAGGAGAAGCUCAGCAGGCCUUAAGCUUCAUUUAAAUGACUUGAGCCAAUCUACAAGCUGCUAAUUGACACUGAUGAGAGAUCAGGGUUAAAAAAGGUCCUAGUCAAAGUCCAGACCAGGCUAAACAAACCCUUGCUCAUUACUUCUAAAUAAUUAGGCAAUGUUUUCACGGAGUAAAACUUUUUAAUACAAACAUCUCUUUUUAAUAUUUUUAGGUAUUUAAUUUGAUCAUUCUAAUAAAAGUCGGAAUACUGAAGAACUAUUUUAUAUUAACAUAAUAAAUGGAAUCUAAAAUGAACAGAAACGGCAUGUUAGAAAUAUUUAUUGCGACUGCAGCUAAAGAUUGCUUGAUUUUUUUUAAAUGACAGAUUGAUAAUCGAGAGCUUAAUCUGGAAUUUAAUUUAUUCUAACCCAGCCUUUCUAUGGCACACAUCUCUACGCCUGCUUCCUCUGUCAGAACCAGAACAGUGGUCUUUCUCCUCUGCAAACUGCUUGCUUUCAUACCAACUGCACUGUAGAAUCCUUUUUUUCUAGAAAAACAAGUUUUUGUUCCUUUGUUCAAAUGUAAAAUGAGCUUAAAUAAAAUAUUUUUGAAUGGAUUGUCAGUUAAUAGAAAACUUGUAUUUGAUAUUCACUUACAUAAAAUCACAAAAUCAAACCUA